CAGGGAAGGGAAAUGCAGAGAUGUGUCACUGCUCCCAAAUCCUGCUCAUCCAGUCCCUAACUCCUCAGAGGCUGCCCUCUGGGGCAAAGGGCACAGAGGAGGGGGACUUAGUAGGUUAAUUAUUAACCCUUUGCACGUCAGGCACCGCGGCUUCUCUUCUGGAGGAGGACAAGGCCUGGCUAGGGGCUGGGGAGAGGGCAGUGGUCCCUGCAGCAGCCAUGGGGGUCUCACUGCCGUGGCGGGAGGUCCCACGGCGCUGCUUGCGCAGUGCAAUUCCUCUUGCUCUCUUCGCACUGCUGCUUGUUUUUCUCUGGGCUCGGAGCCUUCGUGAGUAGCCCCUUCCCUCACCUGCUCUGGGAGGAACCGGGGAAUCCAGGCCCUUGAGACCUAAAGUCUCUCCUCAAGCCCUCACCACUCUGUCUCGCCCUCCAGGUGCCCUCUCAGGCUGCGGGUCUGGGGCCCACUCCUGCAUUGCUGAGGGACUGCCGGCUUUCCAGGUCGGCCAACAGUCGGGACCCUUGGAGGCCCUGGAACGGGAAGAGCCUCAGUGUCUGGGCCCCCAGGGGAUGCUGGGCCGCAUGAUGAGGCUGUUCCGCGCCAGUCUGAACGACGAAGGGGAUGUGGAGUUGUCGCAGUACCUGGCAGGAUGGAGGGAGCUCGUCAGGUUCCUAAUUCCCUUCGGCUCCAUCUUCGCCUUCGCCACAAGCGAGGCCUCCGCCAAAGUGACAGCCCUCGAGGCUCUGGUGCACGGCCCAGAGGCCACGCACUACACGUCGCUGACGACCAUGGUAGCGUGGGAGCGGCCUGGGAUCGCCCCACAACCCUUCGCCGGGUCACCGGGCUCACUAAAGAUGCUCUUGCUGCACCGUGCGCUACGCUGGUCCCAGCUCUGCCUCCACCGGGUGGCGACCGGGAUGCUCGGAGGCCCGGAUGCUGGCGCUCAGUGCAGCGACGCCUACGGCACGGCCCUGGCCCCGCACCACCCCUGGCUCGUCCGUCAGGCCGCCCACCUUGCAUUCCUCGCCUUCCCGGGUCGCGGCCGCUUGCUCGAGCUGGCGUGUCCGGGGGCCAGAGAGGCGGAGGCGCGGGCCGCGCUGGUUCGGGCAGCGGGCACCCUCGAGGACGUCUACAAUCGUACCCAGGGCUUGCUGGCCGAGCGCGGCUUGCUCGAGAUGGCCUGAUGCCUGCUGGCCGGAGGAAGGAAGCGCCCUGGAGAGGGGUGGGGUGCGGCUCGGGGUUGAGCGCUUGGCACAGCCUCCAGGCGCCAGGGGCGUGGUCGCCACGUACCCCGCCUCCUUGGUGACGUCACCGCCCCAGGAGGCCCGCCCCGGCAGGGGUGGGGGUUUGAGCCCCUCCCUCUAUCCGCAAUCUCGCGGAGAAGGGAGGAGCUGUGGGGAAUAAAAAGUAAUCUUUGGUAGCCGUCGAUUUAGGGCGUUUUGUGUGAUGACGGCAGGCGCUUAAGGGAAAUAGGAAAAAAUAGAUGUGGGAAAUUGUGUCAUCCCUGUUCUUGGCCGCCGAGAGACUCACGCUACCCCUGGCCUAUCUCAACCACUCCUACAACUUCAGUUGCCAGCUACAUGCCAUGUCUCCAGCCCAGACCUGUCCCCUGAGCUCCAGCCCCCAUAAAACCAACUCUUUCCUGGACACUUCCACAGACACCGCAAUUGCAACACAUCCAACACGGAUCCAGUCACCUCCUCCCAGAAUUGCACCUCUUCUUGUGUUUCCCGUCUCAAUAAAUGACACCCUUUCCUGUCAGCUACCCAAGGCUGAAAGCUGUGCGUCUUGCCUCACGCCAGGCAGGCGCUCAGUUCAAUAAUGUACGUUUAUUAAAUGACUCCACUCCCACAACAACAGUGAACAAAGUUAUACACCGAUAGCUCCCAAAUUAUAACUCCAACCCCCUUUCUCCUGGACCCCAGAAUACUAUAUAUACACUUCCUUAUUCCACAUCUCCAUUUGGAUUUGAACUAGACAUAGCAAACUUAACAAGCCCCAAACCGAGCUUCCAAUAUCUUCUCCUCCCAAAAUACUCCAUAAUCCUUGCUAGCUCAGGAAAUAAAAAUUCCAUUCUUCCAGGUCCUUAAGCCAAAAACUUUGUUGUCACCCUGACUCUUCGGUUUCUCUUUCAUCGUACCCACCGCCAAUCUGUCAGAAUCUAUUUCUCAUUAUCUCCACUGCUACCAAGCUUGUCAAGUCAACUAUCUAUCACCUGGAGUAUUGCAAUAGCCUCCUAAUUGUUUCUCUCUCCCAUACUUUGCCUGCCUACAGUAUAUUUUCAAUAGAGCAGCCAAAGUGAUCUUUAAAAUGUAGACCAUAUCUUGUUACUUCCGUGUUCAAAACUUUCCAAUGGCUACCUAUUGCACUUAGAUGAAAAAAAUUUUAAAUUUAAGAAGGAAAUUUUCUGGAUCAUAUUUUCAGUUGAGAAUGGUGAAAAGCUUCUCAAAAGUCCUACAUGGUCUGAUUCCACUAGCCAAACUGACCUCCUCAAUAGUCACUGAAUAUGUCUGGUAUGAUCCUGCCUCAGGACCUUUGCACUUGCUCUUCCCUCGUCCAGAAUGCUUUUCCCCAAAAUAUACAAAUGACUUCCCUCCUUCCUUCUGGUCUUUAUUUAAAUGUCUCCACAGUGAGAUCUUCCCUGAUUAUUGUUUCUAAAAUUUUAACACACACACACACACACACUUCCUAUCUCCCUUCCUUGCUUUGUUUUUCUUCUUAGUAUGAUUGACUGUCUAACAUACUGUAUAUUGUACUUUAUAUUUUUGUCUCCCC